UACGGAGUGCUCCUACAAAACGAAAUACUAGCUGACAAGGCGCCACACCGCCGGAGCCGACCAGUCACCAACCGCGCCACACCACGACCACGACCUCUCUCGCCAUGGAUCCCGAGACGGAGCACGCGGGCACGGCCGAGCCCGGCGCGGCGGCGUGGUGCGCCCGCGCGGUGUGCGGCACAGAGUACAGCUGGUGCCGCGCCGUGCCGGGCGGCACCGGCACCACGCUCCUCGCGCUCCGCCUCACUCGCGGCGGCGGCGCGGCGGCCCAGGCGGCCGUCCGCUCCCUCCAGAGCGCGCACCCCGUCCUCCGCGCCCACAUCCGCGCGGCCUCCACCUCCAGCCCCACCCUCGCCUUCCCCUCACCCGCCCCGGAGCUCGCCCUCGCGCCCCAGCCGUCCGCGCUCGCCUUCGACUCCCUCCUCGAGCGCGAGCUCAACAGCAACCCAUGGGCGUCCGAGCCCGGGCCCGACGGGGCCCCGGUGCUCUUCGCCGCGCUCUACGAGCUGCCGCCGCCCGCGGGCGGCGCGGCGCUGUUCGUCCGGAUCCACACGGCCGCGUGCGACCGCGCGGCGUCGGCGGCGCUGCUGAGGGAGCUCCUGGCGCAUCUGGGCGGCGCGGGCGACCCGGAGGAGGAGGAGGCGGCGGCGGUGGAGGCGGGGCUGGAGGACCGGAUACCGCAGAAGGACGCGUGGAAGCCGUUCUGGGCGCGUGGGGUGGACAUGGUGGGCUACUCCAUCAACGGGCUGCGCACGUCGACGCUGCCGUUCGAGGAGACUGGCACGGCGAGGUCGACGCAGAUGGUGCGCCUCGGGUUCGGCCGCGAGGAGACGACGCGCCUGCUCGAUGCGUGCAAGGAGAACGGGGUGAAGCUUUGUUCGGCCAUGGCUGGCGCGACGCUGCUAGCUGCACGGCAGUCGAAGAAGCUAGAGAGUGGCCAGCAGGAGACGUACUCAGUGGCUACCCUGAUCAACUGCCGCCAGUUUCUUGAGCCAGCUUUGGACGAUCACAACGUUGGGUUCUUCUACUCUGCCAUCACCAACACCCACAAGAUACACGGGGAGGAGGGGCUAUGGGCGCUGGCCAAGAGGUGCCACGAUUCCUACAUCACCGCCAAGAACAGCAAGAAGCACCUCACCGACACCGCCGACCUCAACUUCCUCAUGUGCCGGGCCAUCGAGAACCCGCAGCUGACCACGGCCUCCGCUCUCCGGACGGCGCUCGUCUCCGUGUUCGAGGAGCCGGCCACCUACGACGACCUGUCCGACCUGCAGAGCAAGGCCGGCGUGGAGGAGUACGUCGGCUGCGCCACCGUGCACGGCAUCGGCCCGUCGAUCGGCGUGUUCGACUCUGUCAGGGACGGGCAGCUGGACUGCGCGUGCAUGUACCCUUCUCCUCUGCAUUCCAGGAAGCAGAUCCAGGAGAUGUUCGACAAGGUGAAGCGGAUUUUGGGCGAAGGGUGCAACGCGGGCGAUGAGAAACUAUGAAGAUUGUACGUAGGGACUUUGUGGAUACGUACUGAGUAGAUUCGAAGAAUGUCGUUCCUUUCGGUAAAUGAUAAAACUUGGGACCCCGUUUGGUCUGUCACGCCAUUGGUGUUGCACUUUCAGGUGGGACUGUAAUGUACAAAGCAGAAAAUCUACCGUGCACGGGAGCUUCCGUGCCUGCGUCGGCCGUUCGCUAAUGCAUCAUGAUCCGAGUUUUGCUGAA